AUGGCAGAAGAUAACCAAAAUCCACCUGAAGAACUGAUGAGUCACUUCUUAAACCCUAAUUUCUCGCAUCCAACUGCGAGUAUUAGGAGACCUCAAAUCCAUGCCAACAACUUUGAAAUAAAAGCCUUUUUCCUGAAUUUAAUUCAAAGUAAUCUAUUCGAAGGAGACCCGAUCGAAGACCCAAACCGCCACAUUACUAAAUUCUUACAAUUGUGUAGCCUCAUCAAAGCUAAUGGGGUUCCUCCUGAAGAAAUCCGUUUGAUGAUGUUUCCCUUUUCUUUAAAAGGAAGAGCACUUAAUUGGCUGGAAUUGCAACCUGCUAAUAGCAUCUCCACGUGGGAAGAUUUGGUUGAGAAAUUCCAAAAGAAGUUCUUCCCAUUAUCCCGAUUCUCUGAGUUGAAGGAACAAAUUGACAACUUCAAGCAACUCGAAGGCGAAUCUCUGUGCGUAGGAUGGGGAAGAUUUAAAGAACUAAUCAGGAGAUGUCCCCAAUACGUUUUAUCUAAUGGCGAGAAGGUCCGAAUUUUCUACAAAGGAGUUACUCCGACUUAUCGAGUACUUCUUAACGCUGCAGCUGGAGGGAGUAUCGGAGAAAUCACUCCCACAAGGGCUAUUGAACUGAUUGAGAAGAUGUCAUCUGAAGAUAACGAGGUCACACCAGUUCAACCUAAGAAAGGAGUGUUGCAGUUAGACGGGUACGACGCUAUGUUAGCCAAACAAGACAAGAUGGAUCAAAGGUUAGAUUCACUUGUUAAACUCUUUACCCAAAAUCAAAUCUCUGCGGUUAAUUCGCAAUUUCCUAUAGUUUGCGACACUUGUGGUGGACCACACACUCCUGAAAACUGUGACGCUACAGUAACGAUUGAUCCGGCUCAGGUUCAUGGAAUCUGGAAUAACCAGAGGAGAGAAAAUCCUUAUGGAAAUACGUAUAAUCCGAGCUGGAGAAACCAUCCUGGUCUGUCAUACAAAUCUGGGCAUCAACAAAAUAAUAAAAAUUUCCAACAAGAUCAACCUAAUCAGAAAGCCGCUUGGGAAGUUGCAUUUGAAAAGAUGGCCCAGUCUCAAACAAAUUUCGCAGAAGAAACGAGAGCAUCUUUUAAGAAUCAAGAAGCUUCCAUAAAGAAUCUGGAAAUUCAGAUUGGUCAGCUUGCCAAACAGAUGGCUGAGAGGCCUCCAGGAACCUUUCCUAGUAAUACAAUUAUUAAUCCCAAGGAACAAUGUAAUGCCAUCAUUACAAAGGAAAGUGUGGAAAUACCAAUAGCUGCACCGAGUAGUGAAAAAGAUGCAGAGAAGGAAAAUCCUGCUGAAGAAAAAGUUGAUGAUCAUGUCAUAAUUAUUGGAGGACCAUUAAAUGACACCCCACGUAAAAAAAUAAUAAAGAAGCCUUCUUUAGAAGAAAGAAUGAAAGCGUCUUAUCCUCAGAGGUUACAGCAGAGCGAACAGAAGAAAAACUUCUCUAAGUUCUUAGAGAUUUUUAAGAAGCUGCACAUCAAUAUCCCUUUUGCGGAAGCUUUAGAGCAAAUGCCAUCAUAUGCUAAGUUUCUAAAAGAGAUCCUAACCAAGAAGCGGAAGCUCACAGUAGAAGGAUCCACUAUUUUGAAAGAGGAGUGUGGUGCAAUCACACAGAAGAAUUUACCUCCGAAAUUAAAGGAUCCAGGGAGUUUUAGUAUCCCUUGCACGAUUGGCUCGAUGACAAUAGAGAGAGUUUUAUGUGAUUUAGGUGCUAGCAUCAACGUAAUGCCAUUAUCUAUGAUGAAAAAGCUAAGAAUCACAGAAGUGAAGCCGAUCAAUAUGAUUCUGCAACUAGCUGACCGCUCCACCAAGCAAGCAUAUGGAGUAAUAGAGGACAUACUUGUUAAGGUGGACAAGUUCAUCUUCCCGAUGGACUUUGUUAUCUUGGAUAUAGAGGAGGACACUACUGUUCCCAUGAUCUUUGGGAGACCUUUCUUAGCAACCUUCGAAGCACUAAUUGAUGUGCCUAAAG